GAUGCAACAAUCUUCAGUCUAAUAAAAUCCACUGCCAUACCCUUAUCUUUCUUACCGAGUCUCAGGCCUCCACCGUUCCACUCUGCUCUCCCUCGAAAGACAUAUUUCCUCCGCCAUGAUUGCGCUGAGCCGCCAUUCCUCCACCGCAAAAGCGGCUGUACCGGCUGUUUACCGUCUGUUUAACAUCACUUUGAGCAGGUUCUUCAGCACUGCAGGUGCAGCAGCUGAGGCGCAGCUGGACCCCCACUCCUACUACAACAACGAGCCGCCCCGACGCAACCCGCUUGGCGCCAUGGACGACACAGAAAAUUCGGUUCCAGGAAGAGGAGUGCAGUGGGCGUUUAUAGGAAGCCCACGCGCGAAGAAGCGCGUGUAUGCUGAGACUCUCUCGAAGCUUCUGGAAGUACCUUGCAUUUCCAUGGCUAGUCUCGCUCGCCAAGAACUUAAUCCUCGCUCUUCUCUGUAUAAACAGAUUGCAAAUGCUGUGAAUCGUAGGAUGCUUGUUCCAGAGGAUAUAAUUUUUGGCCUGUUAUCAAAGAGGUUGGAAGAUGGGUAUUACAAAGGUGAAACUGGUUUUAUUCUGGAUGGAAUUCCUCGUUCACGGUUACAAGCUGAGAUUCUUGAUCAACUUGUGGAGAUUGAUUUGGUCGUGAAUUUUAGGUGCGCUGAUGAUUCCUUGGUGAAACACCAAGAAGAAGGUAUCUGGAAAGAGAGAGUCUAUGCUGAACAGAGCAAGCCACUAGAAGAUUAUUACCAGAAACAAAAAAGGCUUCUUGACUUUCAAGUAGGCAGUGCACCAGCAGAGAAUUGGCAGGGGCUGUUGGCUGCAUUGCAUCUACAACACAUAAAUGCUGUGUGCUCUUCAAAGAAACCGACCACAUCAUCUAGCAUUCUCUGAAAUUCUUAUCACCCUAUAUUAGAUUGAGAUGUCAACUUUACUGUAAAUACAAGUAAUGUGAAUAGCGUCACAAGGAGGAAAUUUCAAUAGCGAAUGAGAUGGGAAAUGCAAGUUUCCUUGUAGUUUCUUGCUUACUAAUUGAAAGAACAGAAGAAGGUGUGAUGAUUGAAGUCUGCAAUAUAUAGUCUUUCACUGGUAAAUAUGA